UUCUUUUUUAUAUGUAUUUUUCUGAGCAAUCUUAUCGUCUAUUCUAAUGUCGGCUUCGGGGAAAUUAUAUUCCUUUUUACGUAUCCUUUUCGAGAAGUUUAAUGUGAACUGCUGUUGUGUUCCUUGGGAUUUGGGGAUAUUAAAAAGGGAACAAAUUUUGAUUUUGUGUGGUUUUUGGUUCAUAAUUGUUCAAAUUUGAGUUCAUCAGUUUUCACAUUGCUUAGAUGGAUCUGGAAACAGAAAACAGGAUAGCUGCUAUUCUUUUAAAAGAAGCAGCUGAACUGAGACGACAAGCAGACAGGGAAGCUGUUCAUGUUUAUCUUCAGCAGCCAAAAGUAAGGGGCCGGCCAAAUUCACGGUUCCUUACUGCAACUGUACUCGGUGUACAGCAAGCAAAUAGAGCUGUUGAAGUGAAUGAGAUGUGGCGAGUUCGACAAAAGGAGCUGGAGCUAAAUGAUAGGCUAAAAGGAACAUCAAAAAACGAUAGCAGGCAUAACAGGAGUCAUGGGGACAUUAGCAACCCCUCCAGAAGCAAAAGUAGGAGGCAUGAGAGCAAUGUUAGUGCUUCAUGCUUAUCAAGCAAGAGAGUGGCAGAGAGUUAUUCAAGGGAAGAUGAAGGUCUAAGAGAUGAAGCGGUUGAGGAAUUUCUUCAGUCAAGGGUGAAGCGCGGUCGAGGUUCUAUAGGUUCAAGGAUGGAUGAAACAGGACCUUACCUACCCACAAAUUCUGACUCUCUAGAGAAGCUGUCAACAAUCCCCAUUGCAAGGGAACAUCGUGUCGUGUUGGGUCCUGAGAAGCCUUUUUUACUGAAGUCGGAUGAAUCUUCUGAUGAGGAGCUUCAUGAGCAUAGACGGAAGAAAGAAAAGGGCCACUGUGAGAGCUCAGACAAGAAGCACAGUAGGAAGCAGAAAUCUAAAGAAAAAUCUAGAGAUAAGAAAAAGAAGAGGAAGGAUGAGAAAAGGAAACAUCGCAAGUGAGUAAUCCAAGGGUUUUACUGUAAGUUAGUUUUGUCAAUCUAUGUGCUACUAAUAAUUUAUCAGUUGUAACUUGUAAAGAGGUCGUUUCUGAUUCCAUGAUGAAUAUAUGCUUAAACGCUAAUGUUGAGUUUUCCUUGCGUUGAUCCUCAUUUUCCAGUAAACAUAAUAAUUCGUUUUAUACUAGAGGAGAUAAUAAUUCACGUAUUUAUGUAAUAAUUCGUGUCAAAACAUCUAUCAAAUUUAUAUGUGAUUAUUGUUCGGAUUAUCAUGUUUAGACUUAGCAGAUGUAUUUUAUAUUGAGUAGAGUAAUCUCUUUGAACUUCUGGCAUAACACUAGUGUUUCAAAUUGAUGCAAUGCUCCUAAAUGCAUGAAGUAAUAUAGGCUAGUUUCUCUUUGCUCAGCAAUUCGUUGUUUCCAUCUGCAAUUACUUACACAAGUUUUAAACAUAUUUACAAAAAUAUGGUUUACCUUGUCACUCAACUGCUGAUUGCAUUUGUAUACAACCGGUACAGAUUCGAAUAUGCAUGUAAUAAGCUCUAUCGAACCAAAUUUAACUACGUUUCAAAAUAGAAAUAACAAUUUUUUUCAUCAUUAUCUCUUAACAUAGAAAAAUUUCGCGACAACACAGAUGUCAUGAGUCCUCAUAAUAAUGAUCCGUCUCAUCAAAGAUCUCCUCCUGGCCAAGGACACAUUUAAGGCAAACGAGUAAGAAACUGUUUGACAAAAAUGAAAUCAGAAGCCUGCUAAACAUAGUCAGAGUACCUGUAAAAGCUCUUCAAUGACAUCUUCCAUUGUUAUUAUGCCAACGGCCUCCUCUUCUUCAGGGAGCUUUGGGAGUGGAUUGCCAUUUAGAUGUAGGAUGUCUGAAUCAAUACCCUUUGUCCACUUCUUGCUCCGAGAACCACCCUUGAAAGAAUUACCUGUGGCAGGAAAGCUCUUCCACUUCUUAAGUGACCGCUUACGUCUUAAAGC